UUCAAUAUUCAUCGGCGCAUCUUUGAAUUUGACAUUUUUAACUUCAUAAUCAUAAACAACUGCCAACAGUAAACAAAAUAUCUAUAUGAAUAUCUAGAUGCACACGGCUUCUUUUAUAAGUCAGUGAACAUCAGAAACCCGGUACCUCAAUAUAGUCGACGUUCGAGUGAGCGAAAGAUGAAAAUUGAUGAGAAUGCGAUGUUUGGAUCCGCAUUGUCUAAAGGCUGAGAAGAAUUCAAACAUCAUCAAACAAAGCACACAGUCUAUACCUACCUAGGAAUCUAACCAUGACAUCUCAAAAUAUCAAAGAAAAACGCUUCACAUACCCCGUAGAAGAGACAGAUAACGCUACCUCGACCGGAACCGAAGGCGAUCUUCUAGACGGCGGGAGACGAAAGCGUAGAAAGCGAGACGCCAACGUCUACGACGCCGUAGCAGCCCGGGUAACCAGCAACCUCCCCUUAGACAACGGCCCCGGAACCUCAACGCAAACGCACCACAUCCGAACCCCACGCGACCACAUCCGGGACUCGACGCUCGCACCAGAAGAGGUGCUCUUCCGGCGCAUCGGCGCGCCCGUCCGCUUCGCCGAAAAGGACAUCUACCACGCGCACUCGGCGCUGCGCGACGGCGGCAGAGACGUGCUACCGGACAGCGAUAUGCUGAAGGCGCUCCACAGCUACGCGAGUCACUUCUACGCCGCGCUCGCCUCGCCCCAGGGGGGCUCGCGAGGCGAAUUUGCCGCCCAAAAUAUCGACGAGCAGAGCUUGGACGAAACCGCGCUCCUGGCGCUCGGGAUCCUGGUCGAGGAGGCGGGGCGCGAGAUCCUGGGGCGGAAUGGCGAUUUGGUUUUUACUGAGGGUGUGGAAGUGGGAGAGGAUGGGGAGCUAAGGGGGUGAGUGAUGGGUUUGGGUUUGGGUUUGGGGGUUCGAUUCGCGAGGCGAUGGUGGUGGACCUGGGAUUUGUUUGUUUGUUGAUGAUGCUGGUUGCAGAGUCGUAAUCUUAACACGGGCGUAUUAUGUAGGUGUGUAAGCUGAGAGCGACAGAGUUGCAACAGCCGACCCGAGGCGCAGACGUUCAGGCAAACUGGAACCUGGGAUUGGAACAGAAAAUUGAUGUGAUAGGAGCUGGAGUGCCGAACCCGAUCGCUUCGCCCGCGAAGGGAAAGUUUAGGCGCGGAUUAAAUCUGAUAAUCAGGGCCUCCAUAUUUUUGAUAACUUGAGGCUAAUCGCUAAUGUGAUGGCUUUCUGGACAUCCUGCCGGAGUCUGCUUUCCUAUCCCCAGAUCCCGAAUGUACAAUACUUACCGUACAUACAUACCUGGAGUCUACUCCGUAGG